GCUCCGAGCGCGGCGCCCCCGACUCGGCGCUCGGCUCGGCUCGGGCAUUUCCGCCUCUUUGUUUUAAACUCCGGACGGGCUUUUUUCUCCUCCUCUUGAGGGGGACCCAGAGGGAGCGGCGCCCCCUCCCCCUCCCGGCACGGACCCGCGUGCGCCCCGCUCGCCCGCAGCCCUGAGCCCGCAGUCGAGCGAGUAAAUGAACGGACCUGUUUAACCGAGCACGGCUCCGAGCUGCAGCGGGUCUGGGAGCCGGCGCAGUCCAUCCCGUCCCUGGCGCGUGACACCUGCCUUCGCUUCUCCGCAGGCUUCACGAUGUAGCGGGGACUCCAGGCCACCACUCACAGAAAAUGGAAAGAGAGCAGGGGCCAGCAGGAAGGUGCAGGAGCCAGCCAGAGUGCAGAGAGAGGAGGGGGUGUCGCGUCCGAGUGGUGGCCUGAAGCCCACAUGCCCCGACUGGAGGAGAGACUCGCAGCCGCCUAGAGGAGAAGCCAAAGAUGUUGACCAGGAAGAUCAAGCUGUGGGACAUCAAUGCCCACAUCACCUGCCGCCUGUGCAGCGGGUACCUCAUCGACGCCACCACAGUGACUGAGUGUCUGCACACCUUCUGCAGGAGCUGCCUGGUGAAGUACCUGGAGGAAAACAACACGUGCCCCACAUGCAGGAUUGUCAUUCACCAGAGCCACCCACUGCAGUACAUCGGUCAUGACAGAACCAUGCAAGAUAUUGUUUACAAAUUGGUACCAGGCCUCCAGGAAGCGGAAAUGAGGAAACAGAGGGAAUUCUAUCACAAGUUGGGCAUGGAGGUGCCUGGAGACAUCAAGGGGGAGACGUGCUCUGCAAAGCAACACUUAGACCCCCACCGGAACGGUGAAACCAAAGCGGACGACAGCGCGCACAAAGAGGCGGCUGAGGAGAAGCAGGAGGAGGACAACGACUACCACAGGAGUGACGAGCAGGUGAGCAUCUGUCUGGAGUGUAACAGCAGCAAGCUGCGGGGGCUGAAGCGGAAGUGGAUCCGCUGCUCGGCCCAGGCCACCGUCCUGCACCUGAAGAAGUUCAUCGCCAAAAAGCUCAACCUGUCGUCCUUCAACGAGCUGGACAUCUUAUGCAAUGAGGAGAUCCUGGGCAAGGACCACACACUCAAGUUCGUGGUCGUCACGAGGUGGAGGUUCAAGAAGGCGCCUCUGCUGCUGCACUACAGACCCAAGAUGGACCUGCUGUGAGCGGCGCCGCGCGCAGCCCUGGUGGCCGCGCAGGUGGCCUCUGGGUGUGGUGUGGACCAGAUUUCUGAAUAGAGGAUAUUUAUAACUUUUGUAUGCGAGAAUCCACACUCAUCGAGACACUACCAGCACCGCGUUCACACCGGAUGGAAACACUUCACAGCCCGCAGCGCCCGGCGCUCCUGCUGCGGUCCCAGUCAGCCCUGAGCGUCCCGCCCGCCGCGGACAGCGGCCUCCGACGCGAGCCGCCCUCGCCUGCUGUCCAGGUCUUGAAAUCUGCGUUCGUUUCAGUUCAGUUCAUGGAUUAGUUUCUUGAUAAGCCUCAGAAAUAUGUGUAUUUUAUUGAAUCCUUCCUAAGUUAUUGAAAAAAUGUCUUUUCCUGGUGA